AGGGGCCUGCGGGGUGAGGCCCGCGGCGCGUCUCGGAACCAGAGCCCGGGCAGAGCUCGAGCUCCCGCGCGCGACUGCCAACGCACGACCCCGGGGCCGGAAGGCUGCCAGGCUCGGUCGGCAAGCGAAGAAAUGAACCUCCACAACGCGGGCGCUUGGGGGCGGAGGCCCGAGUGCGAACCCGAGCCCCAAAUCGCUACCCAGGCAGGGUGGGGCCCGGGGCGGGGCCUUGGAGGCCCAGCCAGCGCGGCGACGUCUCCGCACGGCAUCUCGGCACCGACUGACAGCCCUACGCCAUGGCCGCAGACCGGAGAGCGAAGGCCGACACCCUGGCGCUGAGGCGGCAGCUCAUCAGCUCUUCCUGCAGACUCUUUUUUCCCGAGGAUCCUGUUAAGAUUGUCCGGGCCCAAGGGCAGUACAUGUACGAUGAACAGGGGACAGAAUACAUCGAUUGCAUCAACAAUGUGGCUCACGUUGGGCACUGCCACCCUCUCGUGGUCCAAGCAGCACAUGAACAGAACCAGAUGCUCAACACCAACAGCCGGUACCUGCAUGACAACAUCGUGGACUAUGCACAGAGGCUGUCAGAGACCCUGCCGGAGCAGCUCUGUGUGUUCUAUUUCCUGAAUUCUGGGUCAGAAGCCAAUGACCUGGCCCUGAGGCUGGCUCGCCACUACACGGGACACCAGGAUGUGGUGGUAUUAGACCAUGCAUAUCACGGCCACCUGAGCUCCCUGAUUGACAUCAGUCCCUACAAGUUCCGCAACCUGGAUGGCCAGAAGGAGUGGGUCCACGUGGCACCUCUCCCAGACACCUACCGGGGCCCCUACCAGGAGGACCACCCCAACCCAGCUGUGGCCUAUGCCAACGAGGUGAAACGUGUGGUCAGCAGUGCACAAGAGAAAGGCAGGAAGAUUGCAGCCUUCUUUGCUGAGUCUCUGCCCAGUGUGGGAGGGCAGAUUAUACCCCCUGCUGGCUACUUCUCACAAGUGGCAGAGCACAUCCGCAGGGCCGGAGGGGUCUUUGUUGCAGAUGAGAUCCAGGUUGGCUUUGGCCGAGUAGGCAAGCACUUCUGGGCCUUCCAGCUGCAAGGAAAAGACUUCGUCCCUGACAUCGUCACCAUGGGCAAGUCCAUUGGCAAUGGCCACCCUGUUGCCUGUGUGGCUACAACCCAGCCUGUGGCAAGAGCAUUUGAAGCCACUGGCGUCGAGUACUUCAACACGUUUGGGGGCAGCCCAGUGUCCUGCGCUGUGGGACUGGCUGUCCUGAAUGUCUUGGAAAAGGAGCAGCUCCAGGCUCACGCCACCAGUGUGGGCAGCUUCCUGAUGGAGCUCCUCGGGCAGCAAAAAAUCAAACAUCCCAUCAUCGGGGACGUCAGGGGUGUUGGGCUCUUCAUUGGUGUGGAUCUGAUCAAAGAUGUGGCCACGAGGACACCAGCAACUGAAGAGGCUGCCUAUUUGGUAUCAAGGCUGAAGGAGAACUACGUUUUGCUGAGCACUGAUGGCCCUGGGAGGAACAUCCUGAAGUUUAAGCCCCCAAUGUGCUUCAGCCUGGACAAUGCACGGCAUGUGGUAGCAAAGCUGGAUGCCAUCCUGACUGACAUGGAAGAGAAGGUGAGAAGUUGUGAGACGCUGAGGCUCCAGCCCUAAGCCAGCCUGCUCUGCCUAAGUGUACACUCCAGAAGAAACUCAUCUCAUUCAAAUACACGCUAUUGAGAAGGUGACCCUGACCACCCUCUUACAGAUAAAGCCAGCUUUCAGAAGCUCAGGGUGGGUGGGGGGCCUGCCUGAGGCCAUAAUGCUACCCACCCCUUCUUCUUAACCACUGGUCUGCUGUUGGCAUAGGCCAGACAUCUGCAUCCCCUCAAGUCAAUUUCCUUUUUGUCCACUGGGGGUGGGUUCAAGUAGGGCGGGGUACUUUCAAGUGCUACUGCUUAAAUAAGUUAGACCAGACCAGCAUAUUUCUAAGGAAAAUGCUGAUACACACCCCCAUUAAAAAUAGUACAUUUUAGUGUCCCCAAUCAUACUUUAAUUGGCAAAUUAAAAUAAUGCAAUCUGAUUUAGUCUAUCAUACUGAAUUAAAAACACUGAAUACAACCAAC